AUGAGUCUAAGACUCAUGACUCCCUACAACUGCCCAGUGCCCACAUUGCCCAGGGCCCCAGGCCCAGGUGGGAGAGGGCCCAGUGCCCCAGUCAUCAGCGUCCCAGACCUGUGGUGGGGGAGGCUGGGACGCUCUGGGACCCUGGGACUCCCGCGAGCGAGUCGAGGCUCAGACGAGUCAGUCGGCAGACCUAAGUUGAACAGUUCGUCACCUUUGUUUUUUAUUGUGAAAAAGCAAAUUCUCUCUGACUCUGAUGAGUAUAAUGAACUCAUGAAUCCAUGA